CGAGAGGAGUGGAGCGCGAGCGGGGUAAUGCGUGCACAGACAAGUGCGUUCAACUCCUCUAGAAUUCCUCCAGGAGAAAUGAAAUGCACAUUUAUCCAAGCGCCUAAACCGCGAUAUUUCUCAAAUGUUGCUCUCUACAUUCUCUAGUUUCUUUGCUCAGAAUUGUCCUUUUGACCCGCCUUCCAUCUAAAAGACAUGCAACUUUGGCAGCGCUUGGCAACCAGGUAGUGGACAGCUGUACAGUAGCAUGCAGUUUCUAGCAAACAGUAUUCCCUGGAUCUUCGCUGAGUCAAUCCAUGGCCCCUUCGUUUGUGGAUGUAUAUUCAGAUGGUCUGACUAACGCCUAAGUGGAGGAAACACGCAGAAGGGCGAGGGAGAAUGGCUUCGAAAGAGCGACUGUACGAGCUGUGGAUGUUAUAUUACACUAAGAAAGAUGUCGUUUACCUGCAGCAGUGGUUGGAGGCAUUCGUGGCGUCUUUUGAGAAGGCCAUUGAUGUGCAGUCAACGGAGCCUCGCCGGCUGGAGGAAUGGAGCGUCGAUGUCCCGCUCCUCCCCAAGGAGGUAUUGGUGUUCCUCAGCACCCAGCUGUGGCACAGCGCCCUCCACAUGUCAGGGCAGGAUCAGAGCAGCACUGCUCCACACCCACUGCUCCUCAUCAAGUUCUUCAUCAUCAUCUGCAGAAAUAUGGAGAAUAUAGACUCUGAAAAGACCCCGGGGUUUGUGUUUGAGACGAUCAAGCUCCUAAACUUCUGUUUGACUCAGCUGAAGAAGCAGCCAGAUGAUCAGAGCACUUUACAGUCGGUGGCACAGCAUGGCCUGCUGCUGUGCGAAAAUCUCUUUGACCCUUAUCAGACGUGGAGGAGACGGCAGGCAGGGGAGGAGGUCAGUAUGCUGGAGAGAAGCAAGUAUAAAUUCUCCCCCCUUGUUCUACCAGAGGAGCUUCCUUUGCUCUUCCACGACUACCUACAAGAGAGUGAACUAAUCCCAGAGCCGCUCGUGGUGAGGCUGGUGCAUCUUCAGGGAGCUGUAAUCAGUGGAUGCAAGAGAAACGGCCUUCUCUCCAUCACCCCCCAGGCUGUGAAGGACCUCAUGUCUGUGCUGCGUUUCUGGUGCCUCACUCCUGCCUCAUCCCCACAAGAGCCCAAGGACCCUCGGCUGCUCAAAAUGACCCUGCGGUGCCUGACUGUAAUGAUCCACCUUCUGCACUCCAGCAGCCCGGUUGACAGGCAGGUAGAGAUCCGGAUUGUACUGGACGGUUACUUCCAGCUGCUCAACUGGAACCGGCCACCGGACAGCCAGCAGGGAGAUAUGCAGACCUGGGAGGAUAACCUCAUUACACUUCUCGAACAUAUGUUGAAUGCUAUCCCAGAGAUCCUGCAGUGUUCAGACCGGCCGGUGUUGCAGGCUAUCUUUCUCAACAACAACUGUUUCGAGCACAUCCUCCGCCUCAUCCAGAACAGCAAGAGGAUCCCUGCAGACAGAAAUAUCAGAUAGUUGUGUGACCUCACUACACGUUUGCUCACAGAGGCUGAAGUGGAGCAGGUCUGGGAAAAGGGCUCUGACUGCAUCACAGUACACGCCAUUCGAGUUCUCACCGCCAUUAUGAGCAACUCGCCCUCUGCCAAGCACCACUUUUUGGUUUGUCCUUCCCCUUUCUCCAUGUUUUCCUCUCAGGCUAUUGAAGGAGAGCAUUCCCAGACCAUGCAGUUGGGCAUCAGUAAUGAACAGCCUUUGCUCCUGCUGCUGCAGUGGUUGCCUGACCUGGGCUCUCGCUCUCUGCAGCUGCUGGUGUCCCAGUGGCUGGCGGCCGUGUGUCGAGGAACUCUGUCCUGCCGCACUGUAGCCGUUGAAGCAGACUUUGUAGGCGCUCUGCUGGAGGUGCUGUCUGAACCCCCAGUGCGGCUCGACCGGCAGUGCGCAGACGCCCUCUUGGGUUUGCUUCAAGACUUGGGAUCUCUUUCUCUACGGCCCUGUGAACUGAAGAGUCUGCUGAAGCUCUUGUGGACUGAGCCCGGUGCACCCCCUCACCCGUACUGCGGGCGCGUUGUAAGGGUGCUUUCUGCCAUGGCCGCCCGUGGAGAGGGUGGGUGCAGCGCCUUGCAGUAUUUUGACCUUAUGCCCCCUAUGGCGGGUAUUAUGGUGCCAGCUAUACAGCGCUGGUCAGGAAGCGCAUUUGCUUUCCAUGCCUGGUUGUGCCUCAACACAGACUUUCCUCCACCCCAGCACCACUACUCAGAAUCCCACCUGACAAACCCGGAUAAUAUGGUUCGAAUGGCUAAGGGACCACGCAGGAAACAGCUUUACAGUUUCUUCACAGCAAGCGGAACUGGCUUUGAAGCGUUUUUCACCACAGAAGAAGUUUUGGUGGUGGCAGUAUGUACUAAAAAGGAGUACAUGGCUGUUUCCCUGCCAGAACACCCAUUGAAUGAUUGUGCCUGGCACUCAGUUGCCAUUGUUCACAUUCCUGGCCGUCGGCCCUUUGGACAGAACGUGGUCACUGUUUAUGUGGACGGAGUGCAGUGUAAAACAGCACCCCUGCGCUUUCCUUCUCUGAAUGAGCCAUUCACUUCCUGCUGCAUUGGAUCAGCUGGUCACCGGACCACUACCACCAUGACUUCCUCUCCGACCCUGCACAACCCGUCCCACUCGCCCUCCGAGAUGGCAUUUGCAGCUCAUGCUGGGCCACCCACCCUUGCACGUUCCCAGUCCUUCCCUGCAUCCUUUGCAGCAGCCGCAGGGGGGAGGCCAGGUGUGAGUCGGGACAGUCUAGUUCACACCAUCCCGGCAGGGCUACAGGACACUGCGUGGGGCUCUCCUUCAUCACUGGGUGGCCUUUUAGCCACAGUGUUCAUCUGCCAUGAAGCUCUGCAGCCUGCUCAGGCACGAGCCCUGUUCACUGCAGGUCCCAAUAAUGUUUCUCUGUUCAAAGCUGAUGGUGAACCUUCAGAAGUCAACAGCAAACUAGUUUUAUACUAUACACCACAGGCCUUUAAGAGCCAGAUCUGUUUGGAUUUGUCCCCCAACCAUCUUUACGAUGGCAGGCUGACUGGUCACAGAGUGGUGAACUGGGACAUCAAGGAUGUGCUGAGCUCUGUAGGUGGGAUGGGAGCUCUCCUGCCCCUGCUGGAGCAGGUGUGUUUACUGGAUCAGGGCGAGACUGUAGGUCAGGAGACUUCAGAUCUUCUCGGGCCAGAGCUCACGUCCUCCAGGGGCCCUGCCGGCAUGCUGCUGCCACUGGGGAAGUCAUCUGAGGGCCGUUUAGGGAAGAACAGUGUAGCAGCGUUUUUGCUGAUGAUUAAGAACAUGCUGCGCAACCAUCCAGCCAAUCAGGAGAGUCUGCUUCAGUGCCACGGGCCGCCCAUCAUCGGAGCCAUGCUCGGCAAGGUUCCCAGCAGUAUGAUGGACAUGAGUGUACUGAUGGCCUGUCAGUUCCUGCUCAAGCAGGUGUCCAACGAGGGCAACAACGCCCUCCUAUCACAGCUGUACCAGUACCUGCUCUUUGACUUCAGGAUCUGGAGCCACAGCCACUUUGCAGUCUGCCUGGGUCAUGUGCAGUACCUAACCACUGUCAUCAAUGAAGGCAAGCUGAAGACUCGUAAGAGGUAUGGUGUUCAAUACAUCCUGGACUCGAUUCGGACACACUACAGUGUGGAGAAGGAUGGCAGUCCUCUGUCUGAUGAGAGGCAGACGGUGCAGAUCUCUCUUUUUGCUCUGCUGAAGGACCUUCUGAAAUCUCCCACUGCUGAGGAGCUGCACAGUUUACUAGCCUACGCUGCUAUAGUGCAAGACGAGCAACAGAUGAUCAGUAUUCUGGAUGUGUUACACACUGUAUUGAGGAGUUCUCCUUCUCCACGGGAGCAGGCUGUGACGGUUCUUCUGGAGCGAGGGGUGGAGCAGCUCUACUGUCUGCUACUCAAAACCAACUAUGGGGACGAGGCUCGUGAGAGAUUAUUCAGGGUCUUGUAUAAAGUCCUGAAGAGUGAACGUGUUCCUGAGCGCAGUAAAAUGCGCAUCAAACUCAAGGACUCCGGCUACCUUGGGCUGGUCUGCUCCUUUGAAGACGUCCCCAUCACCAUGGCGACUGUACGCUGUCUGUAUGAGCAAGUGCUCGCCACAGAUCCCACUCCGAAUUUUAGAGACCUGUUGGCAGUGGCGUACCUGUCCCAUCGCGCCGACCUCAGUGUCCGACUGGAUAUCUGUCGAAAGCUCUUCCACUUGAUUUACUCCAACGAGGAGUAUGUGAAGCAGCUCGCGCGUCAGUCAGGCUGGCAGGAUGUUCUCACCAAACUCUACAUCAAAGAAUCGUACAAGUCUCGUGCUCUCAGCCAAUCCAAUUCUUUAUCCAGUCCCACCACCUCUCUGGAGCCCGUUCUUCCCAGACCCGUCUUCCGUCGUGAGGACAGCGUAAUGGAGGACACCCGGCAGAACGUCUACAUUUCCCUCACCGCCCGCCAUGAAGAGGAGUACGAGGAGGAAGAAGGAGAAGCUCAGGAUGUGUCGGAGGGCUACUCUGACCUCUCCCAGUCUCCUCCGUCAACCGGACAGCUCAAGAAUGAUUCCCUCCACUUCAAACCAUUUGACUCUGGAGAACAAAGCAGUUAUUCGUCCACCCUGUCCAACACUGUGGACAAUCCAUCAUCAUCCCGUUUGCUGGAGGAAGAGGAAAACAUGUAUCAGCCGCUCUCACCCUUCAGCUCACCCUUUGAGCUGGAAUUAAGCCUUCAGAAAGGGCCCCAGACACCUGUGGGGAGCCAGCCAGAGACCCCCUCUCCUCUGGAACACAGUAAGAGCUUCCCAGGCAUGAGACCACGCAAGAGCUCCAGUCUGUCCAAUGUUCUGGACGACACAAGCUACAGCACCGAACCUCCUACAGACACCAUCUCUAACACAUCUAACCCACAGGCUCCCGAGGAGGAGUUGUGUAAUUUGCUGACGAACAUUGUAUUCUCUGUGCUGUGGAGUGGCACUGAGGGGUCUGAAGAUGUGAUAUGGAGAGAAAGGGGUCAGGUGUUCUCUGUCCUCACCAAGCUUGGCUCAUCCUGUCAGCUGGUGCGGCCACCUGAUGACAUCAAACGCAGUCUGUUGGAGAUGAUGCUGGAGUCGUCUCUGUCAGAUUUGAGGGACUCUCAGGGCGUGUCUCUGCCCCAUGUGCCUUCUUUGCUCCGCCUCCUCAGACUGCUCCAGGACUUCCUAUUCGCAGAGGGCACUGACAAUCAAACACUAUGGAGUGAGAAGAUUUUUGAGGGGGUGGUGAAUCUGUUGGAUAGGCUGCAGGCAUGGCACACGACCCCUGGGUCAGCGGGGUCCUCUGAGCUCAAAGAGAUGUCUCUGAUCGGCCUGCGUAUCAUCACUGGGUACAUUCAGCAGCAGCAGAACCCACAGGUGUGUGAGAUGGCGUGUUUAAAGCUUCAUAGCCUGCUGCAAACUGUGUUAAGUCUGUCCUGGGAGGAGGUGUGUUUUCUUCUGGGUCGUCUUGGUGCACCUCUUUGGCCUGCAAACUCUGGCUCAGACCCGGGUGCCGAGGCUUUGCUGAGCCCGCUGGUGCCCAUCGUCCGAGCGCUUUUGGACCAGCAUGCGGAUCGCACCACCCUGCAGAAGAUGCUCCCCAACCUGCCCGCCACCAACGGCAGCCCCUCCUUCGCCCAGGAUCUCCAGAACUACUGCAGCAGUGCUGAGUGGCAGCAGUUCUACCAGAACCACGUGGGACCCACGAUGCAGCAGUAUGAACUAGACACUUUUGGGAAGAGUCAUGACCUGAUGUCCAACUUUUGGAAUUCCUGCUUUGAUGACCUCAUGAGCACUGCACAGAGGAGAGACAAGGACCGUUCCGACUGCAAAGCCAAGUUUCAGGAGCUCAUUAUUGACCCGUACCUAAAACGGGUGCGCACAGAGAACAGCCGCUACCACAGCCUGCAGAAGAUGAGUAACAGCCAGCAGGGGGUGGUGGGGGGACACUGGAAAUCACUGCGCAGGUUACUGAGCAGUGAGAGAGGAGCCUGGGCACUCAGGGUUCAGCCAGAGGUGAAAUGGAAACUGUCAAGUGCAGAGACGUACUCUAAGAUGCGUCUGAAGCUGGUGCCAAAUUACAGCUUUGAUUCCCACAGUGAUGCCAGUGCACUGAGAGAUAACAUGGGAGCCGACAGUCCCCGCAGCUCAACCGAGCCCAUCCCUCUUGCAGUUGCCAAGGAAGCUAAAGUUAGUGACAUGGAGGAUGACAAACUAGAGGAUGAGGAUAUUGCCUUCAUUGAUGAGGUGGAGGAGGGUGAGGAGGAGAGCCAAAAAGAAAAGCUGGUGCUCUCAGAGGAGUGUGAGCUCAUCACUAUUGUUGCCGUGGUACCAGGUCGUCUGGAGGUCACAACGCACCACCUGUACUUCUACGAUGGCAGUAGUGAGAAAGAGGAGACCGAGGAAGGCAUUGGUUUUGAUUUCAAGAGGUCAUUGUCACAGCUAAGGGAAGUCCACCUGAGGCGCUACAACCUGCGGAGAUCAGCACUAGAGCUGUUCUUCAUCGACCAGGCACACUACUUCAUCAACUUCAGGAAAGGGGUGCGGAACAAAGUCUACUCCAGGAUCCUGGGUCUCAGACCACCCAAUCUGUUCUACUUUGGUUCUCGCUCUCCUCAGGAGCUCCUAAAAGCCUCCAACCUGACUCACAGAUGGGUUUGCAGAGAAAUCUCCAAUUUUGAAUAUCUGAUGCAGCUCAACACCAUUGCUGGUCGCACAUACAAUGAUUUAUCCCAGUAUCCAGUGUUCCCCUGGGUGUUGUGUGACUACACAUCUGCUAAAUUGGAUCUGGAGGACCCAGCUGUUUUCAGAGAUUUGUCCAAACCCAUUGGCGUCGUCAACCCUCGACAUGCACAGAACGUCAGGGAAAAGUAUGAGAGUUUUGAGGACCCAACGGGCACUAUCGAUAAGUUCCACUAUGGCACACACUACUCUAAUGCUGCCGGCGUCAUGCACUACAUGAUCCGCACAGAGCCCUUCACCUCAUUACAUAUACAGCUCCAGAGCGGCAAGUUUGACUGUGCCGAUAGACAGUUUCAUUCAGUAGCAGCAGCGUGGCAGGCGCGGAUGGAGAGUCCAGCUGAUGUCAAGGAGCUCAUCCCAGAGUUCUUCUACUUCCCAGAGUUCCUGCAAAACAUGAACGGUUUUGAUCUGGGCUGCUUGCAAAUAAGUCAAGAGAAGGUCAAUGAUGUGUUACUUCCUCCUUGGGCCUCUUCGCCUGAAGACUUCAUCAGGAAACACCGCAAAGCUUUGGAGAGUGAGCAUGUGUCUGCUCACCUGCACGAGUGGAUCGAUCUCAUAUUCGGGUAUAAGCAGCGAGGACCUGAAGCGGUGGAGGCUCUCAAUGUCUUCUACUACUGCACUUAUGAGGGUGCAGUGGAUCUGGACGCCAUAGCUAAUGAGACCGAGCGCAAGGCCCUGGAAGGCAUCAUCAGCAACUUUGGCCAGACGCCCUGUCAGCUUCUCAAGGAGCCCCAUCCUCCCCGUAUGUCAGCAGAGAAUGCAUUCAGGCGGAAUGCCCGUCUGGACAUUCUGCCCCCCAACCUUUUUGAUCAGCUCAGUAAACUCCGAUCUUUUAAGGAGGUGGUGAGCGAUGGUCUGCCGUUAGUGCAAGCCGUGGUGCCCAGAAAUCAAACCCGCUCCUUCAUCAUCCCUGGUUCUGACAUACUGGUGACAGUGAGUGCUAAUGGAAUGAUAGGCACUCAUAGCUGGCUGCCCUACGACAAGAACAUAGCUAAUUAUUUCACCUUCACCAGAGACCCCUCUGUGAGCAACCCAAAGACCCAGCGGUUCCUCAGCGGGCCGUUCUCCCCAGGGGUGGAAAUCGGGUCCCAGGUGCUGGUGGUGUCCACUGACGGGCGUCUGCUGUUCAGCGGGGGGCACUGGGACUGCAGCAUUCGGGUCACUAUGUUAGGCAAGGCCAAGCUGGUGGGCAGGAUCUGCCGUCACAUAGAUGUGGUCACGUGCCUGGCUCUGGAUCUCUGUGGUAUCUACCUCAUCUCUGGCUCACGAGACACCACCUGCAUGGUGUGGCAGGUCCUACAGCAGGGUGGUUUCUCUAGCGGUCUGUCUCCACGGCCUGUGCAGGUGCUCUGUGGACAUGAUCAAGAGGUCACGUGUGUCGCCAUCAGCACUGAGUUGGACAUGGCAAUCUCAGGGUCAAAGGAUGGCACAGUGAUCAUGCACAGUGUGCGUCGUGGACAGUACCUGCUUACCCUGAGACCGCCGUGUGAGAGCUGCCUUCCUGCCCCUGUGGCACAGCUGGAGGUCGGCAUAGAAGGGCACAUAGUGGCACAGACUGUUAUGGAGGGCCGCUCUGCUGGAAAGGAGAAGUACGCACUGCAUGUGUAUUCUGUGAAUGGCACUCUCUUAGCAUCUGAGACGUUGGACGAGAAGAUUUCAGCUUUGCAUCUGGUGCCUGACUACCUCAUCGUGGGCACACAACAGGGGAACCUUCACAUUCGAGAGUUGUACAGCUUGAGUCUGGCUGUGGCGCCCUUGGCCCUGAAGGUCCCUGUUCGCAGUGUGUCUGUCACGAAAGAGAGCAGUCAUAUUCUGGUGGGCCUGGAGGAUGGCAAACUCAUUGUGGUGGGAGCAGGAAAACCGGAGGAGGUGCGGUCUGGGCAGUUUUCCCGCCGACUGUGGGGCUCCACACGCAGAAUCUCCCAGGUGUCCUCAGGAGAGACCGAAUACAACCCCGUCGAGCCUUCUGCUAAAUGAGCCUCACAUGCCUUUGGCAAAACCUUUGCAUCCACAAGAGACGAUAGCGUCAGCUCUCCUGCACCGCUCGGCCGCUUUCCUUCCCUUCUAAAACAGAGAGCUUGGGAACAAGAGAGCAUAAAGGGAACACAAGUGGUGAACAUCCAAACAUGCACUUUUUUACGAAAAGGGAAAACGAGCAUUCUUCUCGAAAAUGCAAUGAUUUAUACUGCUUUUAACAAACAAACAUUCCAAAGAUUUUUGAUCAGGCGAAUCAGGCAGUCGCCUGCAAACUUUUUAAGUGUUGACGGCUAAGACUGAACCUUUUAAAAGCAGUAUGUUCUGUCCUGUGAAUCACAGACUGGCUGGAGCACUGAACCCGA